AUGCAUGUUGAUGACAACUUGUAUGCGGAUGUCCGUGCCCAUUUGGUACGGACAAUCUGUGCCAGUGUUGCCUCGCUGUUUGACGUCCUGGGGCCACCUACAAACCCCCUUGUACCAUCUCCACUAAGUGGGGAAAAGUUUGAAUCCUGGUACAACCACAUGCGCAAGCUUGUGGGCCGGCGGUUCAACUCAAGGACACUCUCUGUCGGGAUGCUACCCCACAAGCGGGCCCAGUUGGUUGAGCUACUUCAGCUCUGGGCUACAAGGGUUUCUUUUGAUCUCCUGGAGAUUGCCCAUCUCCUGGGGACCCUAGAGAAUCACACGAAGUAUGCCCGAUGGGCCAGAUGCUGGUGCUGCGCUCUCCAGAAUGCGGUACGCCGUGCCCUGGUUGCCCGUUUCCACAUUGUCCAACGGCGUUUCAACAGGCGUGGAAAGGAACUACACCUGCGCCGUGAGCUCCCAAGUGCCUUGCUUGGACGUAUUGAGUCUCUGAUCCUCCGGGAACGAGCAAAGCUGUUGUGGACAACACGGCAGCGUUUUACAGUUGACAUCGAUAUGAAGACUUCGAUCAGUCACCUCCUGGCCUACGUCCAAGCCAGUGCUGAUCCUUGGGAAGUGCCUCUGGGCCUCAUUGUCCCACGAGAACCACAUUUCUCCUCCCGAGGUGAUGCCAGCAAGGCUGGUGGUGGUGCCUACUGCCUCGAACUGCGUUUUUGGUUCGACGUCAUCUGGUCCCCACGAACAGUCCGCGGCGUCCGUGAUUUGGCUCCCAGUGCUGAUGAGUUUGUUCAUAUCAACUCACUGGAGUUCAUUGUGGUGGUCCUACAGUUGGCUGCCGUGAUCACACGGAUCCGCAUGAUCACUCCUGGUACAGCCCAGGUGUACUUCCCCACGGGAACCCCUUCAAUCCCAGUCUGGUUUGGGGAAACGGAUAAUACCGUGUCCAAGUCAUGGGAGAACCGUGCUACUGCACGCACUUCUCAGGGGCAGGGACUUGUCUCGGUCUAUGCUGAGCUCCUUCGGGUUUCCCGGGUUCACACCCAGUGUGAACAUCUGGCAGGGGUCAAGAACAUUAUUGCUGAUGAUAUCUCACGCAAUGACUUUUCUUUGUCUCUCCCUGCCCGUGCUGUGAAGCUGUUUCACAAGCAUCCAUGUCUCGAGCCCUUGGACUAUUUCCGGCCGUCGCCCGAGCUGGUACAGCUCCUUACCUUGAGGCUGUACUCCAGAAACAUUCCAGUACCGUGCAUUCUGCCGACAGUGCUAGGACAGUUUCAGUCCGUCGGCUCCACUACCUCUGGUUCUGCUGUGCUAUGA